AUGCACAGUGUUGCUCUCAACGGCGUUCCUUCCAACACCAACGCAAGUCCUCAUUCCACGUGGGGCAGCAAAUAUCUCGGCAUGAGCCUGAUCUUGAAACAAUUACACGAGUCUAAGACCAACAAUGAAGAAGUCAUUGUCGCCGUGAGUACGGCAAAUGGACUAUGGACAAACGUAUAUGGUUUCGUCAACUUCUUCGCCCCUUACCUUGAUCUGAACCUACACUACUUUAUCCACACUCAAGGGAGUCCGGACCAGUGUUAUAACAUCAAGAAGCUUUUCUUGGCUAUACAUGGGGUGCUGCAGGCUAAAGGAGAGUCUGAUGCCCAUGCGUUUAUCCGGCAGAUGAUUAGUAUCUCAUAUUCAAAAAUCAUGGUGUCUAGAGCAAAAGUCUCUGUCAAUGCGACGGUCGAGGGUCAUCGCAAUACUUCUGUCAUCCAGCGGCAGGACCCUGCGGAUCUUAGGGUUCGCUCUGACCCUGCUCUUCAAGUCGUUCUUGUGUUCGGGAUGGUGGCACAGAUUUUCACCCACGGUUUCACCAAAUAA